UAACGUCUUUAUAUCUGUCAUGGCCGCGCGUUUUUAACAUCGUUUCUGUUUUCUUGCGGAAUUUGUUUAUAGUUUAGUGGGAGUGUGUUUGUUUUGUUGUCGUGUCAGUGAUUGAAGCAACAUUUUGUGCCAAGGACGAAAUAUUACGUUUUGUAUAUAAGCGAGUUGGUGCCGUGAUAAGACAUUGGACUCCUGAUACGGCCUGUUUCAUAAUCACUAAUUGUGACGUGAGCCACAAGGGUCAUGGCGGAAGCCCACUCGGCUGUGGCCUUCUCGUUCUCCAUCACCCACGAGGGAUGGGACGUCAACUUCGACCGAGAGGUCCUGCACCUCGUCUGGCAGUCCGGGAUACGGUCCUGGAAGAAGAGGUUGGCCAGGUUCAAGAACAGUGUCAAAAAUGGAGUCUACCCUGCCCCACUGCAGAGCUUGUGGGCCAUUGUGGCAGUUAUAGCAGCUCUUCAUUUCACAGAGGUGGGAAUAGCACAUUCGUACGUGGACAAGAUAACGAGCCAUUUACCAGCGACAACCCUGCAAUGGCAACUGGUGAGCUGCACCUUGCUGGGUGUGCUGGUCUGGCUAUCCAUCAUCUACACCAUACGCUACAGCCUUAAGUUGAUCCUGCUGUACAAGGGCUGGAUGUACGAGGAGCGAGGUAAGGGCCGGACCGUGACCCCCUCCACCAAGGUGUGGGUUGUGCUCGUCCGAGUCCUGUCCGGCGUCACCAAGCCUCUGCUCUAUAGCUUUCAGGGAUCUCUGCCGCGUCUGCCUGUGCCAUCCCUCGAGGAAACCAUGCAGAGGUAUCUGCGCAGCAUUCGGCCCAUUGUGAGUGAUGAACAGUAUGCUCGCAUUGAAAAGUUGGUUGACGAAUUCCAGAAUGGAAUUGGAAUAAAACUGCAGAGAUACCUCCUUCUCAAAUCUUGGUGGGCAUCCAACUAUGUGUCCGACUGGUGGGAGGACUUCAUCUACCUGCGGGGACGCUCCCCGAUCAUGGUCAACUCAAACUUCUACGGCAUCGACGCCAUUCUCAUGCACCCAACCCACUUGCAGUCUGCGCGGGCGGCCACCGUCAUCCACGCCUGCCUUCAGUUCCGACGCCUCAUCGACCGCCAGGAGCUGGAACCGAUAAUGAUCCAGGGAGUGGUGCCCCUCUGCUCGUGGCAGUACGAGCGCCUGUUCAACACGACCCGCGUGCCAGGUGUGGAGACGGACCACCUGGUCCACUACUCGGACGCCAAGCACGUUGCGGUGUACCACAAGGGACGGUACUUCAAGCUUCCCAUCUACUACCGCAACAGGAUCCUGCGGCCCAGUGAGCUGGAAAUUCAGAUACAGCGUAUCCUGGACGAUACAUCUGCGCCGUACCCGGGCGAAGAGCGGUUGGCCGCACUCACAGCGGGCGAGCGCACCCAUUGGGCGAACACUCGCAAGGAGUUCUUCUUCAAGGGCAUCAACCGCCAGUCGCUGGAUCUCAUCGAGAAGUCAGCCUUUGUCGUUGCCUUGGAUGACAUGCCGUACGAGUUUGAUGAGGCUGAUCCGUCCAAAUUGGACAGAUACGGCAGGAUCUUGCUGCAUGGGAAAGGUUAUGACCGUUGGUUUGACAAGUCUUUCACACUGUGUAUCGGCACUAAUGGAAGAAUUGGCUUCAACGCUGAGCACUCUUGGGCGGACGCUGCCAUUAUGUCUCACCUUUGGGAGUAUGUGUGCGUGAACGAGGCUUCCGCGGCACGAUAUGCUCCCGAUGGCCACGUACAGGGUGUGCCAGAGUUCAGCCCACCUCCGCCCACCAGGCUCCAAUGGGACUUGAAACAGCCUUGCGUGGAAGCGAUUGAAAAAUCUUUUCAGGUUGCGGAGAAGUUGCUGAACGAUGUCGACCUGAGAAUACUCAUGCACACGGCGUACGGCAAGGGUUUCAUGAAGCUGUGUCGCAUCAGCCCUGAUGCGUACAUCCAGAUGGCCCUGCAGUUGGCGUAUUUCAGGGAUGCCAGCAGGUUCUGCCUGACUUACGAGGCCUCAAUGACUCGGCUGUUCCGAGAAGGACGCACUGAGACCGUAAGGCCGUGCACAAUCGAGUCUUGUGCCUGGGUGCGCUCAAUGUCUGACAAAAAAGUCACGGUGGAAGAGAGGGUGCGGCUGUUGCUGGAAGCUUGCAACAUGCACCAGAAGGGGUACCGGGACGCCAUGUGCGGCAAGGGCAUCGACCGCCACCUGUUCUGCCUGUACGUGGUCUCCAAGUACCUGGAGGUGGACUCGCCCUUCCUGAAGGAGGUGCUGAGCGAGCCGUGGAAGCUGUCCACGUCACAGACCCCGCACGGCCAGACCAGCCACCUGGACCUGCGCAAGUACCCGCGCUGCAUCUCCGCGGCGGGGGGCUUCGGCCCCGUCGCCGACGACGGCUACGGCGUGUCCUACAUCAUCGCUGGGGAGGAUAUCCUCUUCUUCCACAUCACCAGCAAGGUCUCCUCCCCGGAGACCAGUUCGAGUCGGUUUGCUGACAACAUCACGCAAGCACUGGCUGACAUGAGGGACUUGUUCACGGAAUGGCAAGCGAAGAAACAGAAGGCCUGAUGAAGCUAACCUUAGUGCAACUUGGACAUUGGACACAUCAGAACCUCUAAUACUGGUGCUGGCUGGAAGACUAAGUUAUAAUUAUUGUGCUGGGCACUGGUAGGAUAUAGUGAUGACAGGCAGAUUUUAUUUUUAAAUCUUUUGUAUAGUUGUUAUAAUUAUUGCUGUUAAAAAUUAUGUAGCUACACUAACAACAUUAUGCUUACUUUUAAGAUAAUGACCUAAUGAGAUCCACAGAAGUUUAUGUUCUAUUUAUGCAGUUUUAGCUUUCUUAUUUUUUACCCUCUCAGUGAUGCGUAUUCAUUCUUAUACCAUUCCUUACAUUUUCUUUAUGGCCUGUUGACUUUUAUUUUAGUUUACAGCUACAAAAAUGGUGAAAAAAUGUCCGUACAUAUCAUUGAAGGUAUCAGCAGUAGCUGUAUAGUUUUAUUUUAUGGCAUGGGUUUUAAUAUUUUGAUGUUAUUUUUAUACAUAGUUAUUGACAAUAUGACUUUUAGUUGAUAUAAUUUUUAAUAUUCUUCAAUAAAAAUAACAGUAUGUGUCAUCGGUCAGGUAGUAAAAUUGUGAAUCUGCUCUUUUAUUGAGAUGAGUAGAUAACCUAAUUUACAAUAAUUUUUUGAGAUUUUUUUUUUUGUGUGGUACAGUACUUGGUAAUAUCAUGCCAGCAUACUAAAUGAUAGUUUGAAAAUACAGAUUUAUUUAUUUUGCUAUUUUCAUUAUGUUCUCCAGUUUUGAUACUGUAUAGAUAAAAAAAUUGUGUGUGCAGGUUAUAGGCUAGUGGUUUCAACUUAAGAGUUCUGACCUACAAUAUUUUAUCAGUAAUUUUUUUUUGUUUACAAAGGUAUAACAAAACAGUUUCUUUAUAUUUUUUAAGGUUUCAGAAUUGUACUUGGUAAAAGUGAAUACAAUACAUAUUGCAAUAUAUACAUAUGUACAAAAUUAAAUUAAUAGUAUACGUAAUUUGGUACAAAGUAUAUAGUUAAUCAUGUCUCAAAACCGUGUUUGUUCUUUGUUAUGAUAAUGCCUGAUCAAUAUAGCUUUCUUUCUCCGUGAUCUAUACCUGUUAAACACUGAAUUGUGCUGAAGCAGCAGAAAUAGGUUGUGAUGGCUGUAAGUGUGUUGCAAGUGUGGAGCACAGCACUCUGAGAGCCGUAGAUAGUUUUCAAGGCUACGAACAUAGUUAUGAAUGAUUGCCUUAUAACUGGUGUUACUUUGAUAGCACUUUGUGUUCAUGCAUAACAAGUAUCAGGGUGUCCACAUUCUAGAAAGUCAGGGAAUCUACUUGUGGAAAAGUCAUGGAAUAAAUUCCUCCCAGUGGUAGCAAUUUGAAGGGGAUAUUUCAUGAUCCAAUCUGCCAUCACUUCAUCCAAUGGUGUUUUAUUGAAUAAUCAUACCCACUAUAAAAUUCUGUAUUCAAGGUUCUGUUUGAAUUUUCAUAUUUGUUAUAUAAUUCUAGGCUAGAUUUGGGUUUGGCAGAGGCUGUAUUUCAUUUUUUUUUUCUCCAAUAAAUCACAAAAUAGGUAAAUUAAAAAAAAAAUAGUCAGGGAAAUUUUAAUAUUUGUCAUGGAAAGUGAUUCAGGGAAAAGUCAGGGAACUUUCAUUGCAGAUUAGUGUGACACCCUGUGAGUGCAGUGCAAUUGUUUUGUAGAUGUACACUUAGUGUGAUAGCAAAACAGAUUUUUUUUAGAUGCAACCAAUCAAUGCAAUUUGAGUAAUUGUUACUCAUGUAAUGUGAAACUGUAACUGCGGAACAUUUGUUACCCGAAUUGAACUUUAUAAGGCAUAUCCAUACACGUAUUACAGCACAGUGCAUGCUUUGUGAGAGACUGUACAGCUGUUGUGUGCAACUGUCUGUCAAUGGAAACAGAAUGUUUCUGUCCUGAUUUGUUUGUAAUAUAUUUAAUAGAGCCCUCAUAACACUCGUUAUUGUGGAGUUCAAAUAAUGGAGAACUUUCCUGUGCACUGUAAAUAACUACAAUUAUGUGUGUAAAAGAAAUAUUCAUGAAGACACAGUUUUGUUUACAUUUUCUCGCUUCGGAAAUUAAAUACAAUUUGAAUUGUUUGAUCAUUAUUGGGCUCUCCUAUGAUGAAAAUGAAAUUGAUUUACAUAAAAAAAAAACACUUAAUGUUAAGUAAUAUCUGUUGACCCUUUUUUUUUUGUGGUUAAUGAACAAUGUUCAAAAUAAAUUUUACAGUCUAUACUA